CAGACAUAGGGGUCACCAAUUGCAAGGACGUGGGAACACCGCCCAUUGAAGAGUCAUACGAUGAAGGCCGCCACGUUAGGCCUGGCGUUUGCACUUGCGUGUGCAAUUUUGAUUACAGACGCCGCGGAGCUAAGCUUCGCCGAAUUCCGCAAGGGCCUUUUCAACAUCAAUCCUGCCAAGCUGCAGCCUCAGUGCAAGAAAGUGAUGAAGAACUGCGUUGUGCGAAUGAUGGGCUUCAUGCGCCAGUUGGACACCCUGAACCGCCACUGGGACGAACUCGCGCAACUGCCGUGCGUGAAAGAGGCACUGAUGGGAAAAUUCCCGGACUACUCUGUAGAAUGCAGCAGAUCCGGGAAAUUCGGAAAGAACUUGGACUGCUUCAGAAACCCAGAGACUUUGGCCGUUCUGGGACACGAGAACAGCACUCAAGUGCAGGACGCUUUCCAAUGCAUUUGGGAAAAUGCAAAGGAGUGACAUCUGCCAAGCUGAGCCUUGGGCGGAAAGUUUGCGAAUAAAAAAAGAUCAAGCACUAUGCUA